AAUUAUGUAAAAUCUCAACCAACAGAUGGUGUUUAAAACUAAAAUUUGAAAUUUUCCCGCGUUUUAACAACAGAAUGUAGACGCACGUGGUCGAUCGAGAAUGAAAAGAAGUUGAUUGUUACUAAUUAUACGGUGACAGCUAAUAAAAUAAGAACGUUUUUGCUAGUAUCAUCAUAAAAAGUACGAAAAAUUCGCCAAUGUUAUAAUCAAAAUGGAAAACAUUGAGACAAUUUGUUUGUAAUGGUACAUGAUCUUAUAACGACUAUAGAAACGGAAGCAUCGGUUUGCUACAUGAUGAUGCAGUGACGUAUCUCUCUUGCUUCAUACCCAAUUGUGCCUAGACUGAUAUCUGACAAUUCAUGAAAUUAUUUAACGCGUAAGAUGAACAAAAAUGACCAUUAUUCGAAUUUUAUGUGUUUAAAAAAAAGUGAUUAAAAAUAAAAAUAUAACCAAGUAUUUCAACGAUAAGAACACAUUUUUAUAACAUUUAUGGAAACUAAAGAAUAAAGUGGCAGACAUUCGUAAAAGAUCUAUGGCAAAAGAACGAGCAUAUGAGCACCUGAGAUGAUUGUGUAUUAGAAAAAUGAUUGAAUAGUGACCGAACUGAUUUUAAGUUACAAUUUUGUGAGACUAUGGCACAAUAUUAUAAUAUAGUUACCGAUAAUAGUGUUCCUAUCACUGUGGAUGAUGUUCAGCAGCUAUGUGAAGUUGACGGUCAAAGAUUUCAUUUAGUUUUACAGGAUAUGAACAAUGGUGCUAAUGGAGGUCCAAGUUUAUUAACCUAUUCAACUUCAGAUAUUAAUUCUGCAUCAUUCCCACAUCAAGUCGUUCAAAAUCAGUCUACUACAGUGAAUUCAGGACAAAACGUGUUUAUUAUAAAUACAGAGCCUAUGAAUACAGAUAAUACAACAGUUGAAGGUUCAGAAUUAAUCUCAGUUAAAGAAUCAUCGAAAAUUGUACGAUCAAAUUCAAAGGGGCCCAUGAGUAGUCCAAAUGAAAGGCAAGAUGUCCAGUGGGUAAACGCCGUUGGUUUCAAGAAUCAGUCAUCUGCUCUUAUCAAGAAUCAAACUCAAAAAACUGCUCUGGCUUUGGCACAUUUAGCCCAAGGGACAUCAGAUAAAUUAGUAGGAACAACACCAAAAAGUAGAAACAGGUUUCCUACUCCAGAAUUGUCAUUACCAGCUGAAGCAACUGAUGAAAUAAACUCAGGAGUGACGAGAAACGUUUUCAUACAUCAACCUACUGUACCAACAUUUCGAUUAAAAAGUUCAUCUCCAGGUACCAUACCACCGAAGCCACUAGCACGAGCACCAAUUCGUCCUGAUAAUUCACAGCUACGCCCUGCUAUGGUUCCAGGAACUGUCAAAAACCCCUUAUUAAAUAACCAACCUCUUGAUUCUUUAAGCGAACGAAUUAAACAAGCAAGAAAUCAAACCCGACGCAAUUUAGCUUUAGUUCAACCUCAACCAUCAUUGCAAAAUUCGAAUAAUGUCUCACAAAAACCACCACGAACUUCUAAUCGUAACCAACGCGCUCCAGUAACUCCACAAAGGCAUAUGCCACCAUUGAAUAUUCAACAACAUAGACCAUUGCCACCUUGUCCUGCAUCACCAGAUUCAAGCCCUGAUUGCAUGAGAAUGCCUUAUCCAAAUUAUUCUCCAGAAAAAUCUAACCAAGGAGAUCUAUCAACUGGAGAUUGUGAUUCAGGCUCGGAAAGUUUUGCUUAUCUACAAAAAGUUAUUGAUAAUCCUGCUAAUGCGAUUGUACAACAACAGAUAAGUGGAAAUGUUGUGAAGAUGUUAGUAGUAUUGCCAAGUGGAGAGCAAAGAUUGAUCACGUUUGACAUACCUAAUGAAGAAUGCACAGUUCAAGAUCUUUUAGAGCAAGCAAAAAUUCCGUUUAAUGGUCAAACUGUUGUUUCUCUGGUUUCUGAUACAAAAUUGAAUAUUAAUUAUAUCGUUGAAAGUGAAGCAGGAGUAAUUGCUACGAUGCGAGAUACAUCAGAUCCAUCUGAUUCAUCAGAAACUGCGUCAACUGUUACUGACGAAAGUAAUACCUCUUCAACAAUUCCACAUGAAGAACCGAAAUUCAUCGAUGGAAGAUUGGCCGUUUGUCCAAACUGCGGAAUAAGUUCCAUGGACUUUAAUCGAUGUGUAAGAUGUAGAAAAAAGUUGCCUAGUGAUGUGAAGCAAAUUCCAAUGACUGUUACUCAACAACAACAAAAGAAAGAAGCAUUAAUAGCCAUUAACAAGUAUUAUAGUAAACAAAGAAGUGACCAAGGAGGUAAGAUUGAGCGCGAAUUAAUGGCCAAACGUCCACGAGGACGAGCUAAACUUCCGCCUAAAAUGAAACCCAUGAAAGAGCCAGAAUGUUUAACUCUUUCAUCUGAUGAGGAAGAAGAUGGAUCAAAUUCAGGAAAUAAAAAAUGUGAACCUCAAAUUAAUCCAAUGGAGACACAAAUGAAUAUAAUGUCAGAAAUACCAGAAAUGAUAUCAGAUAAAGAGCCAAUCAUCACAAAUCAUAAUAUAACUUUGAAUUCAGAUGGUUCUAUAAAUCCAAUAGACACAAAUCCACGAAAUGAUGGAAAUAAUGGUGAUAGGCACUCAGAUGAUUUAUUUCCAACAAAAAUUUCUACUUCACUAAUUUGUCGUACAGUUAGGAUAGGGUCAUAUAAAUAUAUUCCUCGUGAUAAAAUAACAAUAAAUCAAAGUGGUCUAAUGCUAGCCGUUCCAUUACUAGAAGAUAGUCAUCAUGUCGUAAAGAUUCAAGUGAAUCUAUCAGAUAUAGUGAAAGUAUUAAUUCAUUUUGGUAAAGGUAUGCCUGUGCUAUUUUUCUACACCACACCUAAUUGUGGUGCAAUGAUUCGAGAAGUUUUGGGUAUGCAGGAUUCAAAAGGACCUUAUUAUGAUCCUGCUGGUAAAGACCACACGCAUAAAAGAAUAACACUAUUGCCAGAGAAAAUUUCAGAGGAAUCAAAACAUGUUUGUAAAACUCUGUUCCUUCCUGGAGGUCGUUUAGAAGAACUUAAUUCAAAAGAAGCAAACGAUAUUCUUGUGCGUGCAUCACCAAAAACAAACCCUCAGAUGCAAAAUAUGAUAAAACGACAAUCUACAGCCACUUCAGGAAAUGUAAAUGCUACAAAUGGUCGGCCAAGUCAACAUGUUGUUCAAAAAAUGACUGUUUAUCCACCGCCUCCAGCUAAAAGUGGUAUUACGAUUAACACUGAAGAUUAUAGUUGUCUCGGAGAAGAUCAAUUUUUAAAUGAUGUGAUUAUAGAUUUUUAUUUAAAAUAUUUAACACUUGAAGUGCUUUCUAAUGUAGAUCAGCAACGAACUCAUGUGUUUAGCUCUUAUUUUUACAAAAGAUUAACUAGCCGUCAUGCUCAAGCUCCUGAUAACAAUGUGUCACAGACUCCAGCUACCAAAAGACAUGCCAGAGUUCAAAAGUGGACCAAGAACGUUAAUAUAUUUGAAAAAGACUUUGUUAUUAUUCCAAUUAAUGAACAUGCUCAUUGGUUUUUAGCUAUUAUAUGUUUUCCGGGACUUGUAGGUACCGUAAUACCUCCUUCAUUGCCAGUGAAGGAUCUAGAGAAUAAAAAGAAAAAGAAAAAAGAUGUUAAGCUUCAAGCUGUGACUAUUGGAAAUACAACUAUCACUCCAGUAGCUACAACAAUUACUAUUGAUCCAGCCGAUGAUGAUUCUGAAAGAGAUGAAGCUGAAGGUGAUGAUGAUGAAAUGGAUAUGGACAGUGAAGAUGAUGAAGAAGAAGCACGUACUAACGAAGGAAUCACUGUUGAAUCAGCUAAGACUACAGAAAAUUCUCAACCAGAAUCUACUCAUAAUGAACAAGAUACAAUUUUAAAGUAUCCGUGUAUAUUAAUAUUUGAUUCUUUGGCUGGUGCCAGUCGAUCUCGAGUUGUUGCUACUCUCCGUGAUUAUUUGAGUUGCGAAUACAUGGCUAAGGUUGGCCAAGAAAAAAUAUUUUCAAAAGAUACUAUUAAAGGAUGCUGUCCUAAAGUACCACAGCAAUCAAAUUUUACAGAUUGUGGGCUUUAUCUUCUCCAAUAUGUUGAAAGCUUUUUCAAGGAUCCAAUAAGGAAUUAUACGCUGCCCAUAAAAACAUUAAAAAAUUGGUUUGAGGAAAUAAUAGUUACGAGAAAACGUGAGGAGCUCUCAAAUCUCUUAAUUAAAUUAAUGAAUGAAACAAAAGGUGAUAAAACGAUCAACUUACCGACUGUUCAAUUUCCUACACAAGAUGGUAAACUUAAGCCUAAACCAGAAAAUUUAGAGAAGCCCGAACAAAAAAUUCCAAAAGCUGAACUGGAGGUGAAGAAAAAAGCGGCCGAUGAGGAAUCUUUAGGGAAUAGUUCACAAAAUAUGAAUGAACCUCCUGAAGAAGGAGAAUCACAGACUAAUUCACGAACCAUUUACAAAGUUGUUACUUAUUCUCCAGGACUAUCUUCUAGUUCUGGAGACGGAAAUACAAUGGAAAUGUACGUUGAAGCAAAGCCUAAGUAUGUAUUCAUCAGUGCGUCACUCAUUGCCUUGGCGGUUUCAACUCUAUACAUUAUACUUACGAGUCUAAUAGCAUAUUGGGCACGAAAAUAUGUUAAAUUUUACACACAAAGACCUUUUCUUCGAGCAUUGCUUCUAGAGGGAAUUGCUACUGCUGAAUUAUGCGGAGCGUGCUUCGAACUUAUAAUAAUUGCAGACAACUGGGGAGUGUCUAUGUAUGCUAUUUAUCUCUUCAUUUUAACUAUCUGGUGGUCAUUGAACUGGGAAGAUGCCACAGCCUGUCCUUAUACUCACAUUGAAGACUUCAUUCAAGGAAAUAAGUCUUUUAAAGAUGCUGUUCUCUUAAUUUGGGCUGAACUUGUUGGAGGUCUUGUUGUUUUUAGAUAUAUACAGUUACUUUGGUACUUAGAAAUUGUUUCAACGCACAAAAACCGAGCUUUCGAUGAUUGCUCAACUGAUUUACAAGUACCUGUAGUUAUUGGCGCAGCUGUGGAAGGUGUUGCAACAUGCAUUUGUCGUGUAAUUUCACGAGCUCUAGGUGAAUUAAAUCCUAGAUUUAGUACUCUCAUCGAUGCAUUCGUUGGAACUUCUUUAGUUGUUGCUGCAUUCAAUUAUUCCGGAGGAUAUUUCAAUCCGGCUUUAGCAACAUCAUUAAAGUAUGGAUGCCUUGGUACUUCAACAAUGGAACACUUGAUUGUCUAUUGGCUUGGAGCUUGUGCUGGUUCUGUAGCAUCACUACGUGUUUAUCAAAUGCCAAAGAUACAAAAUUUUAUUCGAAACCAAAAAGAAAAAUCUGUCUAAUUAAAAAAAAAGUACUUGUAUUUUUCGUGCCAAAUGACGUACAUUGAAUAGUAUUAAUUAUACAAUAAUUAGUCACUAAGAUAAAUUAGUUCACACUAAUUAUUUUAUUAUCUUAUGAGGUUUUUAAAUGACUAUUUAAUAUAUAUAAACUAUUUUAACCGAUAAAAUGUAAAUAAUAUAUUUAUAUACAAUAUUUAACUGAUAUUUUAAUCCAAUUACUUCAUAAGUUUGCUAGUUUAUAGCUAUUUUUCUCUGAGAUUGGAGAAAGUAAGAGUGGAAAAACUAGCAGAUUUGUAAAGAAAUCACUACUUCAUCUUGCAUAUAUUAUUGGAUUAUACGAAAUUAAGAAAAGAUAAAUAUUUUAAUACAAAAUAAUUUAUGAAUAUUAAUAAACAUUAUACCAUAUUA